GCAGCAGCGUGCGGCUCCGCGGGGCGCGGAGGGGCCAUGGGCUCGGCGGCGGAGCUGCCGCCUCCGCCACCGCCGCCGCCGCCGCCCCUCGGGGACUGCGAGCGGGGAGCGGCGGUAGCGACCGGCCGGCACCGGCGGCGCCCGGAGGAGCAGGUCCAGCAAGAACAAAGAAACCACACCGCAGAACCUGUAAUAGAUGACUAUAAAAAGAUGGGGACUCUCUUUGGUGAACUAAACAAAAGCCUUAUCAGAAUAGGCUUCACGAGGAUGUACUUUGGAGAACGGAUAGUAGAACCUGUAAUAAUUAUAUUCUUCUGGGUUAUGCUCUGGUUUCUUGGCCUACAAGCUCUUGGACUGGUUGCUGUUCUGUGCCUUGUCAUUAUUUAUGUACAACAGUAGAAUUUUUAUAGAUGCUGUCCGGAUGAUGUAUUUCAACACUGUCACUAUGUCAGUGGAUUUAAGUAAAUGGGUGACACAUGAAAAGCUGCAAUGCUUUGAAUUGCAUUUUGCUGAACUUCCAACAUUUGGGGUGAUGGAGGACUAAAAUGACAUAUUUUAAGCAAAGUCAGCAGUGCCCUAUGACAUCUUUGAAGGGCAAAAAAGAUGAUGUUUAUAAUGUAAUGGUUUCCAAUGUACUAUUUUCUGCACUCUCGGGGCCUUAGUCUAAGGAUUGGCUUUUUGUUCCCCCACCCUCACUCAAUGUACUUGCUUUGUAUAGUGAAAAUUUCCUGUCUGGUUUUAAGAGGACGCUUGAUGUGUUUGUCCUGUUUCACUGGGGGAGUGUGUAUGUGUACAGUUUGUUCCCUGAAUCUGCAUAAUUUUCUAGUUUUUUGCUGAAAAGUUAAAUCUGCACAAGGGAGGUUUGCUAACAAACCUACAAUGACAAAUGUUCAUAAGGUGAAUACAACUUCUCAACACAAAAGCAUCUUUGGUUAGUAUCGUUUAUAGCAAGCUUUCCCCCAGGAAACAAGGUAUACCAGCAAAAUGCUUUUAUACUAAUAUUAGUGAUUUCACACAAGGCUUCAGCUAUUUUUUAGGAGGAAUUGCAGUCCUGUAUUGGCCAAAUGGUCUUAACAUACAUAGCUCUGCCUUGGUUUUGGAAGUGUACUUGGCUCCUGCUCGUAUUUUUCUUUCUUUCCUUUUUUUUUUUACUUACUCUUUCCCCCAGCCCUCCUUCUGAAGAUAAACAUUUGGAUAAUUCAUGGACUUUGUAGGUAGUUACAGCUGCAGUAUUGGAGAGUUGCCAUUCCCGACGGCAAUGCUAGAAUACUAGCUGCUUCCUCUGGGUCGUGUGUGAAGUGUGUGAACAACCAGAUAGCUAUCAAACCAGAUCUCUUAACGCUUCCCUAAUUUGCUGUGGUGUGGACCCAACACGAGCUAGCAGCUUUGUGUACAUAACCAAAUCAAACCUGUUUCCUCAUGCAGGGCAAGAAUGUAGUUGAAAUCAGGUGGUCAUUUUAUUUAGUAGUCUUAACUGAUUCAUUUCCAUGCUAGGCGACCAAAAUACGUAUCUGUUGGUGCGUGCCAUGGGCAAUACAAAUCAGAGAAUAAGGAUAUGUACAUUCAGGAGUAGGUGUAAAAUUUACUCUGCCUACCCAGGAGCCCCACCGGGGUGUAUUGAAUAUUUCUAAGUUGAAUGUUCUCAUUUAAAGAAAAACAGUAAAAUGAGACAGAAUCUUUACCAAAUAGGCUACCAAUUUAAUAUUUGCUAUACGUUACUUUUAGUAAGAAACUUAAUUGCAAAAAUAACUUCAUCUGCGGUAGAGUGAAAUUAUACAUUUACUUAAAGAAAUGUAAUAGAAGAUGUGGAAUUUACAGAAAAUUACUUUUGCAGUGACUUUUUUUCCUAAACAUUUUUAUACUAGUAGAGAUCAACAAUAGAUUAGUUGAAAAUGCUGUCUUACCCAGAGACUUUUGUAGUUAAGGGGAACUUCUCUAUGGUCCCAGUCCUGCAACUGGAUUCUCAAGGCUGAUUUUAUGCCUACAUGGAUCAUGCUGGUCGCUGGGCUCUAUUUCCAGGAUCCUUGGCCCCAGUCCUUACAGACUUUCCUAUUAGUGAAAUAAUUGUUGUUUAGGGCAGUGAAGGCCCAGCUCCUUGGAAGUCUUUAUGUGCCUAAAUGCCAUCUGUAGACACGUCUCUGUGCUUUUCUAAUGAAUGUGUAGUUACCUUCUGAGGAGCCAGGUCUCCUCCCCAGAUCUUCAGAUGACCUUGACUGUGGACCCGAGGGGCCCUGCUGAACCGGCAGCACUGCAGGGGAGCGGGACUGGGGCCCCCCUGCCUGUUUGAUGGCAGCCUGUGUUGGCUGGCACCUAGUCAAAUAGUUGUGCUGGUGGCAGGGAAGCGUUUGACAGCAGGAGGUGAUCCUGGAUACAGGGGUUUGUUACUGACAGCAAACAGCAGGUACAGGCUGAACCCCGAGGCGGGAGCUCUGUACUCAUAAGUGCCUAGGGGUAAACUUCGGUUUUGUUUGAAGUCCCUUAGAAGGCAGAAAAUCUGUUUACACCUUUGCAUAUUUGUAUAGAUAUAAUGGUGGGUUUGUGCGUAUCCUUCUGUAUAAGGGCUGUACUACAAAAGAAUCUUACCAUCAAAAAAAAAGAAUCCUUCGUUUCUUCCCACAGUCAAGUUACUGUUCAGAGGAUCUCAUCCAAUUCCUUUUGUCCUGUAGGAAGAAGUGUCUCUGUGAUGUCCUUGUUGCAGUAGUACUCUUGUGUAAAGACACUGUGCUGUGAGAUGGCAUGCAGUAUCCCCUUGAAAUGGUGAUUUUGCUCUGUAUGUAAGGAAUGGGGAAUAAUGAACCAAGGGUGUGACUGACAGGUUCGCUGAGGACAUUGUUUAUAUGCAUGUAACCUUUUAUUAUGUGCAUAACUAUGACUGUUUUGCUCAUUAAGUAAUUUUUGUUGUUCUUUCAAUGCUUGUAUACAUGUACUCUAGGGAAAGGAGCUUUUGGACUAAGAUUGUAUACAGUGAAUGUUUUAUAUGGUUUCUCUUCAGGGUAAUUUACUACAUCUUGUCUUUCGUAGAAGUUUUUAAUUUUUAAAAACCUGGAAAAACAGCCCUCCUAAUGGAGUUAGGUUGACUGAAAAUGAAAAAUAAUGUAUUACAUGGAAGAUGCCCCUCGCCUGUUUGGUUUCAUACAUUCCAGUGUAUAUAAGAAUAUGGACCGAAUCAUCUGUCCUAAUUUUGUGCUAUUGCUAUACUAGCUCCCUGUUGUUUGCAGGAAACGAAAGAGGAGUUAAGGAAAAAAGGGGAACUGGGAUAGAGUCAGACAUAAAGAGUGGCAAAUGGAAUGUGGUGAAGUGAUGCAUAUAUGUGUCAAAAGAAAUCUGAUCAUAAAUGUGUGCCAAAAGUGAGGAGGGAGUGGAUGAACAGUCCUUGCAUUGUGUUCUUCCUUUCAUCCAGAUGGAGUUUCAAGACCAAAGAAGCACCAAGCAUUCAAAGGAUUUCCCUAGUUAAAAAAAAAGAAGUUUAAUUUUUUUAAAAAAAGGACAUUGUUGUUUAUAUGGUAAAAAUUGAUAGUUAUUUAUAUUGGUAUAUAUGAUGACUAUUCUUGAUAGAACUGAAAGCACCUUUAUGCAUGUGUGUAAGACUGUAUGAAGGAAUUAUGUUCCUUAAAGCUGUGUUAAGCAACAAAUUAUGUAAUUCCUGUUGUUUAGUGUAACAUAUUGGAAGCUUUUUACGUAACCUCUGUUUUUUAAAGGAUGGGCUCUUCAGUAGUGACUGUUUCACACCCACGAAAUGCAUAAAUGUUUGAACUACUGUGUACAGAGAGGAAACUCUACGUAUAGGAAAAUCUUGGAGAACCCUGUUUGCACUGAAAAAUCAUCACAUUGAAACUGUCCAUAUAAAAAGGAAAAAUCAUUUUUCUUAAAGACUCCAUAUUAAAUUAAUCCAAUGGAAAGCACUUUGCUAUUCUUUCUAAUAAAAAGUAUUGCUAUCAA